CUGACCGGAAAGCUUGGAAGUACAGAAAUAACCGGCUGAGAAGUGGAGCAAUGUUAGCGCAGCAAACUCUCCCAGCUAGUUUGACCCAGUGACCCAGUCUUAUUAAGGUGUUUCACAUGAUGAUGGCAUUCACUAUGUACCCAAGCGAGAUGUCCCAGGUCCCUGGUCGUGAUCCAGUGCUCAUAGAGACCAUCAACAAAAACAUGCGUGUCCCAGAACGCCUGAGUGUUAGUCCAGGGCCGCAGUGGCGGGAGGAGGAGGGAGAGGAGGCGAAAAGGAGGACAGAGGAGCCCCCACCUGCUUACACCAUGCAGGUCCCUGACAGGCUGACGUAUACAGAAGCACCUGAUAUGAACCCCAGACCUCUAUUCACUCAGUCCAAACCAACUAUCUGCGGCCCCCUGGGUGUGGAGCCGUGCUGGGAGGGUCCCUCUGGAGAGGUCUUCUACAGAGAUGUGCUACAGAGUCCCAUACGGAGAUCUUACAGUGACCAAAGCUUCGGCAGGACGCCACCUGGCACGCCGACCCAGCUGAAACAGGCACUGGCAGUGCCCAGACACCCAUCCAGCUCUCGAGGUUCACGCCGUCCACUCCAGCAGGCCUCCUCUCCUUCUCCUCCCACGCAGGCCACUGACCCUCAGGCCCAGGCUCUCCCUGCCACCCCCCUCAGCCUCCUGUCUCCUCAGUCCAUGCUGCAGACGGCCAAGCAGCUGGGCCUCAAGGCCUCACAGCGCCUCCUGCAGACAGUCAGCCAGAAAUACAGAUUUCCCAGCCAAGAGAGGCCGCCGCCAGCAAGAGUUGCGACUGAAGUCCCUGCUUCGGCACACGUGGAGCACAGCAGCAAAAGGACGAUGGAGAACUGGAGUCCAGAGGAAGAGGGAGGAGCUGCGGUUGAGUUUAUUAUCCUCAGGAGACAGGUGAUGAAGAUGAGUCGCCGGCUGGCAGCACUUGAGCGGCACAACACUGAGCGGAGGAACACUGAAGUCGUCCUGUUCUCGCUGCUCUUCUCCGCCUGCCUGCUCAACGUGUGGCUGUGGAUCCGCAGAUAACACACACUCUGACACACACACACACACACACACACACACACACACACACACACACACACACACACGUACACUGGUUUGACUCAGUGGAAGGAAGGACAUUUUACUGGGAUGUCAGCAGCUGUUAAAGAUUUUUUUUUAGCUGUAUAAAGUAUGAACCGUGAA